UGGACAAGUCCUGACCGAAGACAUUAGCAACGGCGUGAAUAUCUGGAAUAUGGAAGGCCUAGGGGAGGAACUGACGUGUCCGGUAUGUUUGGAACUGUUCACGUGUCCGCUACAACUGCCUUGUCAUCACAAUCUGUGUCGCAGAUGUGCAGAAGUUCUGCUUCAGUCUGAGGCGGAUUCUAGCCAGGACGAUGAAGAGGCAGCGGCCUGCUCGGGAGCGCAUGCAGCUCCCGAGGCUACACCGGAUAGCUUCCCCUGCCCUACGUGCCGAAAGGACGUCACCUUGGACACACGUGGUCUAGAUGGACUGAUGAAGAAUUUUCUCCUUCAAAAUAUAGUAGAGAGGUACAUGAAGCUGAAGGGCAACACUGGAUCGCAGCCAAUCUCUUGUCAGCUCUGUAAGAGCGCCCCUCCCAAGAUGGCCGCCCAAAGCUGUCUGACGUGCAAAGCGUCGUACUGUGAACAGUGCCUGACUCUUACACACCCCGCCUUCCCGCCAUUCACUGAACACAAACUGGUCAGUCCAACAACGUCUUUUGACGAGGAGUUGAAGACUCAAAUUGAUGAGCAGUGUAACAGUCUUAUGGAAGUGAUCCGACAACGCAGUGAAGAAAUUCACCAAAAGCUGCAGCGUACAACAGAUCAGGAUGAUGCCAAUCUACAUGAAGUCAUCAAACGGGCAACUGACGGCAUGCAGAAGGCGCGCACAGCCCUGUCUUACGCACAGGAGGCCAUGGAGGAGACUGACCACGCCAGCUUACUGCUGACUGACCAGACGGUGAAGGCUAAAAUAGAGGCUACCAUCAAGACUUUGAACACCAAUGUCAAGGAGGUCAAAUGUGAGAUUGACAAGAUGAACAUUGACUUGAAACAUUGGAAAGAAGACUUAGAGAAUAUCGACAUUGCUUCACCCCCUGCCGCCCCUAUUAUCAAAGCCGACGAAUGCGGUAGCACGAUGGAGGAAGCUCGUGUUGUGUGGAAUCCAGUGGAAGAGGCUGAUGUCUAUGACAUUCGUUAUGCAGUCGGCAACAUUGACACUGUUUCCACUGUUAGAGGUUUGUCAUAUACAGCCAGAGGCUUGGCGCCUGCGACAAAGAACAAGUUUGAAGUCAGUUCUAAAAGCAAAGCUGGCAGGUCUUGUCCAAGCACCAUCGAACUGGUCACAAUGCCGUUCAAAUUCCAACUGGAUCCCAACACGGCUUCAGAGCACCUCUUACUUUCACGGGAUAACACUCGCGUAAAAUGCAUAGAGUCCCCGUUGUCUCUUCCUGACGUAUCAGUGCGUUUUGGCACAGUAGCAGAAGGCACUGGGCACUCGGUUCUAGGCGACAAGUCUAUCAAAAAAGGUCGGCACUACUGGGAAAACUACUCUCAAAGCUGCCAAGUGUAA